UUUCUCUCUGUCAUUAACACUUUUUUGUCCAUUACAGCAUUUUUGGGGAAUUCUCUGAUCCUAGUUGCCCUUCGCAAGGACACAUCAAUUCAUCCGCCAUCCAAACUCCUGUAUCGUAACCUUGCGAUAACCGAUCUUUGUGUUGGUAUCAUUGCGGAGCCUCUACUGGUUGCAUAUUGGAUAUCUGUGGUGAACAGAAGACGGGUCAUUUGCUAUUACACAAUUUGGACAGCAUCUUUCGCAGGUGCUACUUUGUGUUCAGUGUCGUUGAUAACACUGACUGCAAUAAGCGUGGACAGACUUCUCGCUUUGCUACUGGGUCUCAGAUACAGACAAGUUGUAACUUUGAAAAGAACACGUUUAGUUGCUAUUGGUGGUUGGAUUGUGUCUGUUGUCGGUACAUCUACAUUAUUUCUGAAUCUUCUUAUUUUUUCAUUGUACCAAUAUAUUGUUAUAGCUUUUUGUUUAGUCACUACAAUCUUUGCCUACACAAAAAUCUUCAUGUCUCUGCGUCAUAACCAAAUUCAUGUUCAGAACCAUGUCGUUCAAGGACAAUCGAGCCAAGUAAAUACACUGAAUAUAGCUCGAUACAGAAAGGCAGUGUACAGUGCACUGUGGGUGCAGGUAACAUUGGUUAUUUGUUAUCUGGCGUACGGUAUAGCUGGAGCUGUAAAACCUCAAAGGGGGAUGCCUUUAUCUACUUACCUUGCCAGGGUAUUUACAGUUACUUUAGUGUAUUUGAACUCGUCGUUAAACCCCUUGCUGUACUGCUGGAAGAUCACAGAAGUGAGACAAGCUGUAAAAGAAACAUUACAACAACUACACUUCUGUACCUGAACUAAGACUUUCGGCUAAGAACAUUUACUAACGAACUUGAUAAGAAAAUAUGUAUAAGAAAACCAGACUAAUGUCCUAGUCCGAAUUGCACCUUUAAGAUUGUUUUCUGUUUCAUUGCAGAUUGUAAAGACACAAACAAAAUCAUUUGUUUAUGUUAAAAAGUUUAAUAAUCAUAAAACAAAAUGAAAAUAUCACUAAAACUAGUCAGUUAGCUAAUUAGUUCUCUAGCAAUGAAGACUACGAGGUAGGGACAUAUUCUUAAAGAGAACAGCUCACUUGCUCGCAACAUCACACCGACAAACUCUUUUGACUAAUGUUUUUUAAAGCCAGAAGACAAUCAGAAGUUAUCAGAGAGCUUUACUGUUCUGCGGAAGUUGCUGGAGAGGUACAUGGCGAAGUUAUCUUGAAAAUACACUGCAUAAAUAACAGCUGUUGAUAACCAUAAAAGGCACUAUGUUCAUAGUAUAAUCAAGUUUAACAAACGUCAGAAGUUCAGUUUGGUAAAACUAAUUCAGGGCGCAAAAAUAUUACUUUUCCGAAGGCUUUUUCAAAAUCGAACAAUAUUUAUUGUGGGAUAAUGAGGGCCGGUACAUGAUGUAAGUUAAAUUUGAUGGCCAAUAAAUACACAUUAACAUUGUUCUGUUGCCUAACACAGGUCAUUUUAAUAAAAGCUUGCGAGCAUACGAAGGCUUUUGUUUUAGAUAUAAUGAAAAGUGAACUAUUAUACUUCUGGUUUGCAUGUGACGUCACACAGCGGCAUCUAGGUCGUCAAGAACAAAAGCAUGUCUCUUCCCUGGGAAGUAUAUCCUCUAUUUUUAUGUAAGCUCUUCGAGAAAACAAUUCUUUUUUACCGGCCCCCAACAUGGUCGCCUUGUCACGUGGUUGCAAACUAAGAAUACCCGCAUGGUAACGUGAUAUCAAUGGAAAAGGGGCUAUCACCAGUCCCCCUCGGGGGAUUGCUCAGAUGACUAACUGUUACCUACUGCUGUUAUUUGCCAUCGUAUCAAUUGUUUUAUCCAAAAUAAAGUCUGCUGUGCGGUCGAAUUAUAGCAGGAAUUAGUAGCAAAAGCGAAGUACUUUCUCAGCUAAGAGCUAAAGAAGACUCAUAUACAGUGCUUAAAGGAUUGAACAUCACCAUAUGGCCCUAGGGCACGAAACCCCUUCUUUUACAGUAAGUCAGUAGUGGUCCCUAGAAGUAUUUCAACGAGUCACAAUUUUAAUGAUGUCAAGUGAUUUCUGCACCGUUCUUUGAAGUUUAAUAGUCGGUUGCAGGCAAUUAACUUCAAGAGGGCAUUCCGGUUUCUUGACGGUAAUUGCCUCAGACAAAACUUGAUUUACCAAGCGACUGUAACGGCUGGAACAACAACAGAAUCAUACAUUGGACUCAGUAGCCACUAACUUCAAAGAACAGUACAGAAAUCACUUGACAUCCUUCCGACACGCAAACAGAAGAAACGAGACGGAACUGUUCAAACGGGUGUGGACUCUCAAAGAUGCCUACAGAUCCUUUCACGUGCAGGGGAAAGUACUCAGGAAUUGUAAACCAUAUGACAAGGCUAGCAAAAAAUGUAAUCUGUGCCUCGAAGAAAAAAUUUUUAUCAUUUGUGAAAAACACUUAUGUACUCUGAACAAAAGAAACGAAUUAGCAAGUUCAUGCCCAUACAGAAAUAGAUUCACUCUCAGAAAUUUUAGAAUAACGUAACGCAACGCAACGAAACCGCACGGAUCCCGAAAAACCCAUUGGGGAACCUCUAUACCUCCGUGUCGACUUUGUGUCUAUUUACAAACGUUUUAAUCACUCUCCGUCUGCCUCUUUACCAGCCGCUCGCAAUCGCAUAUUCAGAGACUUUUAAAAUUGGCUUCCCAGUACAGAACGGACUUUAACUUCUCAAAGUUCCUUCCUCACUAGGCGUUGAAUUUUGGAAUAAUUAUUACUUUAAUUUAUUAAAACUGCUUUUCUGCUGAAGAUAAUAGAAGUAAGACAAGCUGCGAAACACGCACUUAGGCAACGUCUUCUGUUUAUCGACUUAGCUAACGUUUCAGAAAUGUGCAUUGCAUCCCUGACCGACAAGCCUGUAGCAAAAAAAAUUCCAGACAUCGUCGUCAUUGUGAUAUUAGAUUUCAAAUAUGUCCCUACGUUCUCUCCUUCUAUCAGCAGAAAGGAGAAAUCUAGACUCUUCAUCGGCCCCGGUUGUUCAAAAGGUAGAUAGAGCUAUUAUUAGUUAUCCACUGAAUACUCUAUAUCAAGUGGAUAACGCAAUUGCUUGGAUUAACACGUGAUUCACUGGCGAGAGAUAAUGGAUAGCUCUCCCCACUAAACUUGUCAACGACUGGGGCCAGUCUACAAAAGCACUUGUUCUAAGAUGAUUAAAAAUUUCCCUCGUUAUAACACGAACCACCCCGUUGAUAAUUUAUGUGAGUACGUACUGGGACAAGAGCCUGCUUUUUGAAUAACGAAAUUCCCCAGUUUUGCUGACGUAUUAUCCACUUUCUACGAAAGAUUAUCACUCCUUCGAUGAAUUGGGGCGGUUCAUCAAAGGACAGCUUUCAAGGGUUCAAAAUAACUCGUAUUGAUCAGAGUAUCGCGAUCAAGAGAUCAAGAACUUUAACUAUUCUCCUGCAUCAAUGAUAAAUAUUGUAGAAGAAUACAUCCACCUGGAUUUGAACCGAGUUGAAAUUCUAAGACAGAUCCACCAAGUUUCACAAGUUUACGCUCGUCGACUGACAACACUGAGCUCAGAGGUGACAAACUGAACAGUUUGAAUAGGUAGGUUAAAGAUUGUUUAGAAAUCGACUGUAAGCUUUCGUGCACUCCUUAAACUUUAAGAUUCAUUCAUUCAUUCAUUUUUGCCAUUAACCACAUAUAAAUACAACAAUAUACAAGAAAUUUAUAAUACAUUAAAGAUAAUAUACACUAUUCUAACGAAAUUAUUUACAAAAUUAAAUUUUUAAAGUGGUAAUGGCAAGGAAGCCUAAAUAGAAGCCGGGAGCUUAUACACCAUAUGCUUCCUGCAACUAUGGGGUAAACCAUGGGGGUUUAAGGGUGCUGAAUGAAAAAUGGACUAAUUUUUAAAAGAAAAGGUAUGUAGCUCAAAUAAAUAUAUUUUACUGAGAAAAAAGGCCUAAAAACGGAGCUCUAAUGGAAAAAGCAGCAAACGCCAACCGUAACAUUUUCCUGCUAAUUCCAGUUGAGUUCCCCUUUUUCUGAGAUCGUCUGGAUCGUGGCGUCAAAACUUCCUAGAAAUACGAUGGUUGUAUCCAACAUGUUAAAGCCUCGUUAUCAAGGGGAAGACAUGUCUCGGUAAAAAAGGAUCACCCGCUCAUCUGAGCUACCUUGGGCGAGCCAACUUUUUACACAUUUCAUUACAAAACGUAGUGUACCGUUAACAUGAGAAAUAGAAACUUGGCUUGGCUAAAAGGAUGACCCGCCUUGCCGGAUCACUCUUUUAGGGUGGUAGGGUCACCCUCCUAGCCGGGUCAACUUUUCUCCAUACAGCAAUUUUGAGAAAGGUUGUCGGAAAAAGUACACGCGACGAUCCCGAAAGGUAUAUUGUGGGUGGUUUUGAGUUCACUGUUGUUCAAAAAAAUUUGGAAGAAUGGCACGAGAGGCUAUAGAUGUAUAUUUGCUAAUGCUUAUAUUUAAGGGAAACACCAAUGGAAGAUUCGACAGCUACAGGGUCAAGAACAGCGUAUUGAUCAUAUCCCAAAUUACCGUUCGGGAUUGUCGCGAGCACAUUUUUCUGUUAACCUUUCUCGAAAUAGCUGUAUUGACAGGUUGGCUCGCCCAGCUGGGUCGACUCUGUCAAGGCGAGAAAAUCAUGCAGAGCAUGCGUGAAAACUUUAUCCUCAUAUAAACGCUAGCUGAAGUUGACUGGACUGGGACUGUGACCCUCUCCUUCACAUACCGUAAAACGGGGUCUAAGUAACCCCAAAUUCAAUUGUUGGAAAUGUAGUACCACAACACUAUUCACUCACUUCAGAUUAAAAGUCACAGUAAAAAAGUCACACCCGUAACCGUCCCGAAAGCUGCUCUAGUCUCAAGUGAAGCGAAGAAUCUAUAUAUUGAAUACAUAUACUGUUGAAAAAUCUAAAGUUACCAAUCAUUUUGAUUGACGUCUUUGGUACUUGAUUAUCUCCAAAAUAGCUAAAUGAUCGAUAUGAUA